UCUCCAAAGCACAGUGAAUAUUUAGAUGAUGCACAACGAUUUCAACAAUGUAAUUCAUCUUUGACUACUUUCUUUGAGCAACAUCAAGAGAAUACUGAUUCAGAAACAUUAGAUAAUUCUGAUAAUGAAACUUUAGACUAUAUAUAUAAUUCUGAUGAAAGU